AUGGCUUUCAAUUGGAGAGUCAUCAAGCCCUAUCUACCUCGAAUACGAUUCCUCACAGUUCAUUAUGCCUACUUCAUCGGAGUGUCUCUCGUCACCUCCGCUAUAUUCUGGGGUAGCUCCACUCCGGCCCAUAGCGUACGAUACAUUGACUCGUUGUUCUUGACAGUCAGCGCCAUGACACUCGCUGGCCUGAACACAGUCAACCUAUCUACACUAAACACCUUCCAGCAGAUCUUGCUCUUUUUUCUGAUCAUGGCCGGGUCUACGAUCUGGGUCUCGAUUGGAGUGGUCGCAGUCCGCAAAAGAAUCUUCGAAAAGAGGUUCAAAGAAAUCGUGCAAGAAGAAACUCUCCGGAGAAAGAGGCUCCGCAAAACGACUAGUCUUGCCCGGCGAAUUACCUGGCCGCGAUCUAUAUCGCGGCAAUCGACAAUUUCGGAGGAUCCAGACUUACAGACAGAUCGCCGACGGCCUUCAAUUAUCUCUCUUCGGUCCAUCGGCCCACGGAUCAAGAGCCAGGGCCAGAUUCCAACUGAUUCAGCUCACGACAGACCAUCUGACCAGCAAGCUGAAGACAUUCACCCCACGACUAGACAUGACAGUGAAUCCGUAGUCUCUGGCGAUAGAUUACCGUAUCGACGCUCUUCUGGAGACCCAAAUGACACUGAAGAUACUGAAGUCCACAUCACAUUUACUAAUGACUUGCGGGAUGGCCGUGGAGACGGGCCGAGCCCAAUACGCCGACGCAUGCGUCCUCCGUACGUGAAUGUGCAGAGCAUGCUUGAGGAAGGCCAGAGCGAGGGGUCCGAUAGAGAAGAUGACAGCCAUCUGAACUUUCUACGCAAAAUCAGUCGCAAUUCCUCAUUCCAUCAUCUGAGUGAGCGAGAACGUCAACGGCUUGGCGGCGCAGAGUAUCGAGCCGUAUCCCUAUUGUCGAUCAUUGUGCCUGUCUACUUUCUGCUCUGGCAGUUAUUAGGUGGGCUUGGAGUCGGCGCGUAUGUGGCGAGAAACAAGGCUGCGCUGGCUAGGGCGAACGGAAUGAAUCCUUGGUGGGUGGGAUUCUUCUUCGCCAUUUCUGCCUUCAAUAACUCCGGGAUGAGUAUCCUUGACGCCAAUAUGGUUCCCUUUCAAAGAUCAACAUACAUGCUGAUCACGAUGGGUCUUCUCAUUCUGGCGGGCAACACGUGUUACCCAGUUUUCCUGCGCUGGAUAUUGUCCACCAUGCGUCGGAUUCUCCCCCCUGGCGAGUAUUUUCAUUAUCUCCGAGAGACAUUGACUUUCCUGUUGGAGCACCCCCGACGAUGUUACACAACGCUUUUCCCUUCCGCACAUACCUGGUGGCUUUUUCUCUCCGUGGUUGUAUUGAAUGGGGUUGAUUGGGUGGCAUAUGAAGUGCUCAAUUACGACAAUCCGGCAGUCGACGUAAUUCCCGUCGGCUCCCGUAUCUUGGAUGGACUAUUCCAAGCACUUUGCGUGCGUAGUGGAGGUUUCUACAUCACCAACAUCUCCGCCCUCCAAAUUGGAACUCAGGUACUCUACGUGAUAAUGAUGUACAUCUCCGUCUAUCCAGUUGUAAUCACCAUGCGCCACUCCAACGUCUACGAAGAAAGAAGCCUGGGAAUCUACGCCGACGACCCCACCGUGACCGAAGAGAGCGAAAAUUCUUCGGUAAACACGUCUUUAUCACCCAAAUCCCCCUCGCAAGGCCGAAUGUAUUUUAUCCGCCACCAACUCCGCGCACAGAUGGCAUAUGACUUAUGGUGGAUCGCCUUGGCCGUACUAAUAAUCUGCAUUGUGGAAGCUGGCAACUUCACUCGGGAUCCAGUCACAUACUCGGCGUUCAACAUCAUCUUCGAAACUGUCAGUGCAUACGGCUGCGUCGGCAUAAGCACCGGCCUUCCAACCCAGCUCUACAGCUUCUCUGGUGGCUGGCAUACACUGAGCAAGCUCGUGCUCUGUGCUGUGAUGAUUCGCGGCCGUCAUCGUGCUCUCCCCGUGGCGAUUGACAAGGCCAUCCUGCUUCCUAGUGAUAAGCUUGCUAAAGCGGAGGAGGAAGAUGCUUUGAUUAGGAUGGAGCGGACGAUGAGUCGGACCCGAUAG